AUGGCCUACUCUAAUUCUCAAGACGAUUCGUUCCAGCUUUACGACCUUCGGAUUGAAGUUGUUUGCCCUCCAGGAAGACGAAUUAUGUGCGGAGCCAAGAUGGGGGAUUAUUUUACUUUGCAAGGAGAAAUGAUAUAUCUGCCGCCCGACCAGGGUAUCAGUAUAUACUCGCUGGCCAGUGUUAUUCCACUUCUUCCUGCAAAACAGAGAGUCACGGCUCCAAACGAUUGGAUGACAACCGAUGCUUUGAUAGCGUGUCCAGAUCCAAAUUGCCCGUCGCAGUUGAAGAUUAUCAGGGAAGCCAUUCGCACGUUUAGUCACGCGGAAACGACUGUAGUACGACUGCACUCAUGA